AUGUGCUAUGAAGAAAGUAUAAUUUCAAGUACAAACACUAUGGAGUUGGAGGAAUUGGAAGAACAAGAGCCGGUGAGCCCAAAUGGUCAGUACUUCAGUAGCAAUGUGAUAUCUCUGUCGGUUCUUGCUGUUUGGGAAAUUGAGAUUCCAAUCAAUCCCGAGUCUCAAACAAUAUCGUUGCUUAAGAACGUCUUCCUCCCCAUCAGCCCUCGUUUCUCCUCUAUCAUGGUUGAAAAUAAUGGAAAGAAAGAGUGGAAAAGGGUGGAAGUGAAGCUAGAAGACCACGUUAAGACCCCUACUUUCCCUUCCGGCCUGUCGCUUGAAUCAUACGACAAGUAUUUUGACGACUAUAUUUCAAAGCUAUUAACAGAGAGAUUUCCACAAGGCAAACCACUAUGGGAAAUUCAUAUUAUCAACUACCCAACUAGCAAUGCAGCUGCUAAUGUAAUCUUCAAGUUUCACCAUGCGCUUGGAGACGGUUACUCUCUCAUGGGUGCCCUGAUUUCUUCCAUGCAAAGGGCUGAUAACCCUUCUCUUCCCUUAACUUUUCCUUCACGGCAGCGAUCCGAAUCAAAGAAAGAAAAUUUUGUGACUAAAACUUUCUCAGGUUUCUGCAACACCAUUUCAGACAUGUGGUCGGGCACUUUAAAGACCAUGAACGGAGAUGUUCUAACACCAAUCAGGUCUGGUAAUGAUGCAAUUGAAUUUCGGCCAGCAACUGUAUCAACCAUGACAUUCCCCCUUGAUCAAAUCAAAUCAAUCAAGGACAAGCUUGGAGUGACUGUAAAUGAUGUUCUGGCCGGGAUGAUCUUCUUCGGAACUCGACUGUACAUGCAAGAGAUUAACCAAAGUUCAAGCAAAGCAGAUUGUACAGCAAUGGUGUUGCUCAACACAAGGAUCAUGGGGGAUUAUGUGCCAAUUGAGGAGAUGAUCAAACCCAACAGCAAGACGCCAUGGGGAAAUCGUUUUACAUUCAUGCAUGUACCCAUACCCAAGUUAACUGAACUCUCAAAUCCGCUGGACUUUAUCUGGAACACACACAAAAUAAUAAAGAGAAAGAGAAACUCUUUAGCUGCUUAUUUCAAUAGUAGGCUUUUGGAGAUUGUGCACAAAUUUGGAAGCCGUGAGGCAUGCGGGAAAUACAUUCAUCGCACAUUGAAGAACACAAGCAUGCUAAUCUCAAAUUUGAUUGGACCUGUGGAACAAAUGUCUUUGGCUAAUCAUCCAAUAAAAGGUUUAUACUUUUUGGUCGGCGGUGGACCUCUGGGCUUUGAAAUAACCAUGGUAAGUUACAUGGGAAAAGUGAGGGUCGCCUUCAAAAUGGAAAAAGGUGUCAUAGAUCCACAAAAGUUGAAGUCGUGCAUGGAAAAUGCCUUGCAGAUGAUACUCAACGACUCGCACCAACAUAUAUGUCGCUAAACAUUUAAGAUGCUGCACAUGUCCAAGUUCCACCACUAUUUAAAGUAAAAAGGCUUUACCCAAGGGGUUUGUUCUAGUGGAUAAAAGCUGACUAGGUCCACAAAUUCAGUAAUGCCUCUGAGUACCAUCCUUAAGGGGUCAGGGGUUCGAGUCCUGUAAAGAACCUCUUCGGGAGAGCUUUUCGUAAACAGCGACCCGUCUCAGAGUGGUAGCCCACUAACUACCAUUUUGAUGUAACUGGGGAAAAAAAAAAAAAAAAAGGCUUUAUUUUCCAGCAUUGUUGUUGAAAGAAACAUAGUGCAAAUUUGUUCUUUGAAUAUUUUUGUU